AUUUUUGGUAAUCUAUUAUGUUAAAGAUAUUAACGAAGGUUGCUUUGCUUUGGAGCUGUUGUAAAAAAGAUCACGAUCGCAACUUGUGUGAGAGAUAUUGAGAGAUUCAGAUAUGGCUUGGUUAGCUAGAUCCAUCGCGAACUCACUCAAGCUCGACGAGGACGACGACGAUGUUGAGAAGCCACGGCCUAGCGGUGAGUCAUCCGUUCAGAAUCAAUCGGUGUCGGAGUCACAGUCUCCUCGAGGAGUUAAGGAAGACAUCUCGGAGCUAACCAAGACCUUGAGAAGCCAAUUCUGGGGCGUAGCUUCGUUCCUCUCGCAACCGUCUCCAUCUCCGGAUCUCCAGGGGGAGAGGAAUCUUCAGAGUCCAUCAGAUCACGCGGAGGAGGAGGAGGAGGAGGAGGAGGAGGAGGAUCUGAUCGCCGGGAUUAGGAACGAUUUCGCGGAGAUCGGAGGGAGGUUCAGGACUGGGAUUUCGAAGCUCUCUGAGAACUUAGCGUCGAAUUUCUUACAGUUGGGCUCAGAAGGAGUGGAUCCGAAGGGUUACGGUGACGCAAUCGGAGUGAACGAGGAGGUAGUUGCGUUUGUGAGGGAUCUCGCGAUGAAUCCUGAUACUUGGUUGGAUCUUCCUUUACCUGAUGGUGAUGAUGAUGAUACCUUUGAUGAGUUUGAAAUGAGUGAUGAUCAGCACGAGCAUGCUGUGGUUGUUGAAAGGCUUGUACCGAGCCUUGCUUCUUUGAGGAUUGAGCUUUGCCCUGAGUACAUGAGUGAGAAUUGCUUCUGGAUGAUUUACUUUGUGCUUUUGCAUCCUAAACUCAGCCAACACGAUGCCUUGCUUCUCUCCACUCCUCAGGUACUCGAAGCAAGAGCAAUGUUAUCUCACGAGUUACAGAAAUCAAACAGAGCACCUGUGGAAGCAGCAGAGAGUUCUGAAGCUAACGCUGCAGUGGUUGAACCUCUUACCGUGCCUUACAAUCCUUCGCAGGAGUCGUUGGUAGGUAAAACCGUGAAUCCACAGGAGAUUGAGACAGACAAGCACCCAAUUGAGAGCAAGGAGGAGAUACAAGUCGUUGACAAAUCUGUCAUUGAAGAAAGAAACUCAUCAACUGAUUCUUCUUCUUCAUCUAGAUUUGUCAAUGUGCAAGCUGAGGACGUAGAAGAAGAAGAAGAAGACGCAGAUGAUUGGUUGAACGAUGAAGAGAGUUCAGAUGCUGUGAGCGGCAUGGAAGGAGGAGUAACUACUAAGCAUCCUCUUGGUGAAGACGAAGAAGAUGUAUCAUUCAGUGAUCUAGAAGAUGAUGACGACGAGGAAAGAGACGUACCCGUGAGUUCCAAGAGAUCUACUAACUCUAGUUCACCAGACUGGGUACAGAUAUAAGACAGCAACGCAGGUCAGGUAAAAAGAGAACAAAAGAAUCAAACCAUUGUCUUGAUGUCGAGGAAAUGUAAUACAAAUGACCACCUUAGUGUUCUUUUGGUUAUAUAAACAUAAAAUCUCUCAAGUCUAUCAAAAAUCUGUUCGAUGAAAACUCAUACGAGGGCUUUGUUAGAAUCCAAUGUUUGUAUAUAAGGCAGAAUUGGUUUAUCA